AUGGAUCCCAUGCAGCCAUUCAUGCGACCACCCUCCAGAGAGGAGCUGCGCGCCGUCCUCAAAGCGAACGCCGCCUUCCUCGCCAUCUACUUCACGGCCAUCCGCGCCACUCCACUGGCUCUGGACUUUGCUUACGCCGCGUACAGCCAUUAUUCCAACUGACCCCAUAUCCACCGUAAACGCAUCGCCCCUCGUCUCAUUCA